AAAACCACCUGACGUCCCUGUCACGUGACACUCACCACUCGAGCAUCAUGGCCGCCAGACCUGAGCCCACCUACUGGCUGGGGAAGGACACCCUGAGGGUGUCUGCCAAACUGUUUGCGGAGAACCGACGUCGGCUGUGCCAGGGGCUGGGUGCCGCAGGAGCGCCCCCAGGGGCGGUGGUCCUCUUGCAGGGCGGGGAGCAGAAGCAGCGGUACUGCACCGACACGGACGACGUCUUCAGACAGGAGUCCUUCUUCCACUGGAUGUUUGGAGUCACCGAGGCUGAUUGUUUUGGUGCUGUUGAGCUCAAAACCGGAAAAUCCCUCCUCUUUGUCCCCAAACUGCCUGAGAGCUAUGCCACAUGGAUGGGAGUGAUCCAUUCCAAGGAGCACUUCAGAGAGAAAUAUGCUGUUGAUGAGGUCCACUACACCUGUGAUAUCACAGACACUCUGACCAGCAUGAACCCAGGCGUCCUGCUCACGUUGCGAGGGCUGAAUACCGAUAGUGGAAGCAUCUGCCGCGAAGCCUCGUUUGACGGAAUUAGCGGUUUUGAAGUAAACAACACCAUACUGCAUCCAGUCAUCGUGGAAUGCCGCGUGACCAAGACUGACAUGGAGCUGGAGAUCAUGCGCUACACCAACCGGAUCUCCAGUGAAGCGCACAAAAUGAUUAUGAAAACCGUGAAACCCGGUCAUAAAGAGUACGAAAUGGAGAGUCUCUUCCAGCACUACUGCUACACCAAAGGAGGGAUGCGUCACUCAUCCUACACCUGCAUCUGUGGAACGGGGAACAACUCCUCUGUCCUGCACUACGGCCACGCCAGCGCUCCCAACGACAAGACCAUCCAGGACGGAGACAUGUGUCUGUUUGACAUGGGCGGAGAGUACUAUUGCUACGCCUCUGACAUCACCUGCUCCUUCCCAGCCAAUGGGAAGUUCACCAAAGACCAGAGGGACAUCUAUGAGGCGGUGCUUAAGGCUUCCCGCGCUGUCCUGGAAGCCAUUAAACCAGGGGUGAAGUGGGCUGACAUGCACCUGCUGGCGGACCGAACCCACCUGGAGGAGCUGCUGAAGCUGGGCAUCCUGAAGGGCAACGUGGAGGACAUGAUGGGGGUCCGCCUGGGAGCCGUCUUCAUGCCCCACGGCCUGGGCCACCUGCUGGGCUGCGACGUGCACGAUGUCGGGGGGUACCCGGAGGGCGUGGACCGGGUGGACCAGCCAGGUCUGAAGAGCCUGAGGAUGGGCCGCCUGGUGCAGGAGAGGAUGGUCCUCACGGUGGAGCCAGGGAUCUACUUCAUCAACCACCUGCUGGACCAGGCGCUGGCCGACCCCGCCCAGAGCUGCUUCUUCGACAGCCAAGUGCUGGCUCGCUUCCGCGGCUUCGGAGGGGUGCGCAUCGAGGACGACAUUGCCGUGACCGCAGGCGGCGUGGAGCUCCUGACCUGCGUGCCGCGCGGCGUCGACGAGAUCGAGGCCUUCAUGGCAGACUCCGGGAAGGCCCUCAGCCCAUUGGUCAGCGGUCAGGAGGACUGAUGGACGUCACUCGGAACUCCUGGAAGUAACGUUCCGGAAUGUGUGGAGGGAAUCACUUCAAAAGGGAAAUGGCGCUAUAUUUUCUGAUCCAUCGUACCAUAUAAUCCAUCGUAUCAUAUAACGUCAUAUUGCGUACAAUAAAUCUGGAUUACACAUUUCAAUCACAUUCAUGCUUAUCUUCUACGGACAACAAUGCGCAGAUUUUAGACUUUUUUAUGUCACCAUUUGCCAUCCAAACCUGCUCCAAUCAAACGACAUGCAUCUGAGAAACAUGUUGUAAUUUUCAGAAAUAUUGAUUAAAAUAAUCAACAAUUUACAUUGCUAUAUUAUGCAUCUGAAUUUAAUAAACUCUUCUAUUGACAUGUU